AUGCACAACCGAGUAGUUCAAAUUGUGUUCGCUGCUGUGCUGUUGCUCUGUCUGGGCGACGUUAAAGGACUUCGCUUAGCGGAACAAAAAUGUCAGGAGUACCGGAAGCUGAUAUCUUCCUUUACGUCUAAGACGUCUGGUAGGACGAAUGACUACGUCACACCACCGAACGGAAUACCAGCAAAGGAUGGCGAAUUCCCCCAUCAGGUGCGGGUCGGACAGUGGUUCUACGAGGACGAAGACACGGAGCACAUUUUCCGUUGCAGCGGUGCCCUCAUCAGUGAGCGUUACGUUCUCAUUUCGGGUCACUGCUUCUGGACAAUGGGUGACGAAAUGGUGUCACUUGGUCGUCAUGACUACACACGUCCCUCUGCCCUCCCGGAGCUGUUGGUCAAACGAGAUAAUCUGACGCUGCAUCCCACUUUUGACGAGAUGGUGAAGACAUCCUACGACGAUAUUGCACUGUUGCGACUCGCCGAACCCGUCACCUUUACCUCACACAUCUAUCCUGCCUGUCUGUGGACAGAGGACACUCUGCCCGCAUCACAAAAGUUAACGGUGACAGGGUUUACCACUGGCAAGCUGGUCAACGACACCCAGGAUACGCAUCUGGUUAAGGUACAGGUGAACCGUGUUCCGAAUGAAAUGUGCACGCAAGCGUAUGCCGAUAGUGAUUACUACCCGCAGGGCGUUACCGAUUUACUGCUCUGCGUGGCGUCUCCCGUAGAAUGGAAAGCAGCCUGCGAUGGUGAUGGCGGUAGUCUAAUGCAGACGCUUGACGAUGACUCCGGUGACGUGUACCGGCUUAUCGGCGUAGAAGCCAAGGGUCACGAUUGUGACAAGGCGUACCAGACCUACCCCUACACCUAUUCCAAGGUACAACAGCACCUGGAUUGGAUCGAGAGUGUUGUUUGGGGCUCGUAA